CUUCACUUCCCUAAUGAGUAGCAGAUUGAUUCGAUUGUUGGUCCCUUCAUAAUUUUCUUUUAUUUUUUUUUCUUUUAAAAAAAAUUAUGUGUAAUAAUAAUCUCUAUUACUAACAAUAAGUAGUAUUGCAGCUUUGUUACUGUUAAUAGUUUCUGCAGUGGUUUUUGGUUUGGUGAUGGUUGGUGUGAAUUAGUGAGGGUUGAAAGCUGAGAAAAUUGUUUUCUUGUUCAAUUUAAUAUUUUUAUUUUUCAAAAUUUUCAAUUCAGCUUUGUGAACUCUAUUUUGGUUGAUUAUUGACCGUUGAUGAAAUUGACUUUGAAGUUUCUUGCCCUAUUAGUAUUAGUAUUCUACUUGGAAAAAUGAAACCCUCGCCACGGUCUUCCUAAAAUUGGGUGAGAAUAAGACCCUGUGAUGUGUUUUUUGUCCAUUAUUUUGAUUCCACUUUAUUAUUUGAAUUCUCUGUUGAGAGGGACAACCAUACUUGGGUUUUCUUUCUUGCUCUCCUGGUGCUGGAUUUUCAGUUGUGGUUGAACUUGAGAACAUGUGAGUGAUUUCAUAUUUCUAUCAGAACUCUGCAAAACAGUGUGGUUUAGCAUGGGGGGUGCUUGUUGUGUUGCUGCCAGAGAUAAGAAUAUAGUAAAUGGACCAGGCAGUGAGAUAUUGCAUAGAAAUAUCCGGCAUUCACCAACAUGGAGCUUUAGGUGGGAUAAUAGAGGGCGAGUAGCAGGGGAGGAGACUUCCAUAACUUGGUUUUCUGAUGCAAAUAGUAGGAAUGAUGGACCAGAUAUCAAAUAUGAAUCGGCUUAUACAUCGGAGGAUGGGAGCCCCUUGAAUAGUUUCCGGAGACGUACAUGGCAGAAGUCCCCAACAAUGUCUGAAGGUACUGCUGCACAUGUGAGGACUCCUGCUUCAGAUCAAUCUGUUUCAAGGACUGUCUCAAUGGACGCAAGUUUGGAACAGGUGAAGAAAUCAACAGAAACCAAUCCAUCUACCAUGAAAGUCUCUCUCUCACUGCCUUCAACUUCAUCUGUAACAUCUCCCACAUCGUCCCAAAAUUACCUGCUUCCUGCCAGCUCAACCCCUCCAAGCCAACCUCGCCAUUCUUCCAAGCACCAGUUAAUGGGGCAGGUGCCUGAUACCCGAGUCCCAGAAUCGAAGUCAUCAGACGGCUUUCUAGUUCCUGAAGAGAGGUCCUCGGUUCCCUCAUGGAGCAAUGAAUCAACUCGGGGAUCCCAUGGCGGGUCUUCAGAUGGUUGGUCUAUGCAUGCAUUUUCGGAGCUCAUGGCCAAUUCUCAUAAAGAAAAGUGGUCUUUGGAUGACUCCUUGGGCUAUAAUCAUGAGAACACCAGAUCCAGUGGUCGACUGUCAGCUUCUCCCUCUGUUGAUCUUCAAACAUGUGGGAUAUGCACAAAGCUAUUGACUGAGAAAUCCUUGUGGAGCAGCCAGAAGCUUGUUUUGAACAAUGAGCUUUCUGUUGUUGCUGUUCUAAUUUGCGGGCAUGUUUAUCAUGCUGAAUGUUUGGAGACUAUGACACCUGAAAUUCACAAGUACGAUCCUUCUUGCCCUAUUUGUACCUUGGGGGAGAAGCAGACCCAUAAGCUUUCUCAAAAGGCUUUUAAAGCAGAAAUGGAUUUGAAGGCAAAAAACAAGAGAUCAAGGAAUCGGAUUGUCGAUAGUGAUCUCAAUGGUGAUUCUAUCAUGUUUGAUCGCAUAAAAGGUGGCGGACAUGAAGGAAAGGGUCCCAAGAUGACCUCCAGUUCCAGUUUGAAGAGCACCUUAGCAAAGCCUUUUCUGAAGAGACAUUUUUCAUUUGGUUCAAAGGGAAGUAAAGCCUUAACAGAGAACCACUCGACCAAAAAGAAGGAAUUCUUCUGGACAAGGUCCUUGAAAGUGUGAGAUUCUUUCCAGCAUUUAGAGAUUCCAGUGUUGACCUUCUCUGCAUUGGUAAAGGGAUUAUGAGGACCAACACAGGACAUCAUCCUUCAAGUUUGGUUUAGAAAAAUUAGCAUCUGCAUACAGAUUCUGAAAGUCGACAGGAUUAGUUCUGGAGUUACACUGUAAAGAAAUUCAUAGAAAAAAAAAAUUAUGAUGGAAAAUAUAGUAGAAUGAGAAUGCAUCACGUGACUGGUGAUUUUAUUCUUAUUUUUGUACAGAUUAAUUUGUUUUGUUCUCUUGCUUAGACAAUUCGUGAAUUGAUCCAAAUGAAAUCUGUUUGGCAAGAAGACCCUCCUUACCUCAAUAAGGCAAAUAUCAUGUGCACUUUUCGCCUCUGUGCGGUGGGCUGUGGUCUUUUCUUGCUUCUGUGUACAGGUCUUAUGAAAUGAAUAAUUAUGGACCCACCAUUUUUAGUAUA